CAGCCAUGUAAGUCCAUGUGCACUUCUAACUUCAUUUCACUUAACUCUGGUACAGCCGACAUUCAGCAGCCCAUAGAGGGACAGGGGCAAAGAGUUUACAUGGAGGUCAUGCUGUACAAUCUCUGAAAUACAACACAUAGGGGGAAACAAACAUACCAUCACCAUGUCCCUGCAUCGCCAGAGACCCCCUGAAAAGGGGACCAAGACUACAGAGAUAGGCUAAUUCAGUAUACCUUUAUUUCAGUGUCUGAGACUGACAGAGACAAACAAAUUUUCCUGCAAUUGCUGGACCUACACAGGCAAAAAGUGACACCAAUUGACCUCACAUCUAUGCUAUACAUAAGUUCCUCCUGCCUAGAAGACAAGUUUCCUCAAAACCCAACAGAACUUUCAAAUGCAUUCCUCAGGCGACUCUGGCUAUAUCACCCACAAGCUCGUAGCUCCUCUUGUGAGGUAGUAGCAGGAGCCUAUGCCGUGGCAAGACCACCUGAGAUGAAUGAGAAUUCACAAUGUGCCAUCAACCCUCUGGACUUGGUUGCUGCUGUUUACAUGACUACAAACAGCUUCCUACAGCAGGAGAUCACUUACAGAAUGGUGCAGUGCAACUUUGCUGUGCCUCUGUACUUACCACCAGUUUAUCCAGAGAAAAAAGGAACUUUUAUACUUUGUCCUUUUAGAAGUGUUUUAGGCAGGUGGAAGUUACAUUCUCUGGACGGGUCUAGAAGCAGUAUCAUGAAAAACAUGGCCAGCUCCAGGAUGCCACUUCUCUCAGCUGUGAGGUUAGGUCAUUGCAGCAUCUCAAAGUCAGGAGUACUGAACAGUGUACUUGGGGGCCCACAUGAGUCAAACAAAUGCUUUAUAAAUCGUGACACGGAUGGAGGGCAGCUUCCACGAGUUCUCUCGGAUGGCCUGGUGGAGGUGAGCUGGAAUUUGUCUCCAGUAGAUCACUGUAACACCAACUUCCCACAGCCUGUAUUAAUGGCCAAUCUCAGAGGAGAUGCAGCUGACUAUGAUAAACAAGUUAGUCUUCUAUGCUAUGCCUCUGCAGUUCUUAUAGUAUUCUGUGGUAAUUUUGGGAUGAAAGAGAAAAAACUUCUUUCUUCAUGGAGGGAUAAUGCAAGCCACAUGAUUCUAAUUGACUGCUCAAUCGAAACGGAGGAAGAUAGUCAAGAGAAUGGAAAUGUAAAGAUGAAACAUCUUUUGAUGAAAGAUCUAGAGCUGCCUCAAGAAUCCAUAAUUAAUGGACCAAAUGACAAUGAAGAGACACUCGCUGAGAAGUUGAGAGCUGCACUAAAUAUACUGAUUCCACAUCUGCAUACUACAAACCUUGUCGCCACUGCUGGUAUGGCCAGUGACCUCAAUAUAAAGGUUGAUGAAGAUCAAAUCUGUCAAAUAGCAUUUAGUGAGGUUGAAGGGGUUCUAAACGGAAUUGAAACUGGAGUAAGCAAGUUCAUAGAAGAGCAACUGCCUCUACAGGGUACUUUGUGGAAAAGAUUGUGUCAAGCAGAAAAGGAGGAAUGCAGGCUCAAGAGCCAGGAGCCCAGUAGAGAAAUGGGGGGCCUUAUAGAGGAAUUAAUGAGUUACAAUUUAACUGCAGCUAUGAAAAAAUUCAUUGAGGCUCUCAGUACCUAUGAUAUGACCAAGCGAGCCUUUUUCCUAUCUUGGAUGAGAGUAAAACUGCAAGUCAUGCAGCUGGACAAACUGUCAGAUACAGAGGGAGAAUGCCAGCAGGAGCCUUGCAUUGGCCUUGAGCACUUCCUACGUGAGAUGGGGUUGGUCUAUGAGAGAUAUUUUCGUGGCCCUAACUAUGAUUUGUAUGAGAUGUUCCGCUUGCCAUAUUUGGCUGCUGAACUACUCCUCUAUGGAGUUCCCCUGGAGCUCUUUGAUGGAGAUACCUCUGUAUUUCCCUUGAACUGGGUAUAUAGUGUGCUAUAUGAGGUGUACAGACAGCUGCCACAGUACACUCGAAUAAGAGUUUUGACAACCUUAGGCUUCAAUAACUCAAAAAAUGCAGAGAUUCUUUCUGCCUUGUUUGGGGUAAAUUUCCCAAAAUGGGGCCAAAGGCACAUCAAAGGAGCCUUCAUGCUUCUUCUUAGCCUACCUGAUAAUAUUAGAAUCAAUCUGGACUGUGAAUUUCUGAUGUUAAUUAGCACAGAGGUUUUGAACUCCCCACAUUCAAGACAGGAAGAUGGAAGCCUUAUGCAUGAUAAUGAAGUCGCCACCUUUGUCAGUGGGUUGAGUGACAUUACAUUGGUGAAUUUACCAAAAGGAGGACAGGCUGGAACAGUGAAUAAUCUUCAGCUUGCAGUAAAUGUUAUUCUUCGCACUAAGGACUCAGAAAGAAGACCCAGCUUUCAGGUUAUUUCUGAAGGACCUGCAAAAGAUGCAAAGAUCAUGAGCUGCAUAAUUGACAUAGUGGCUCAGGAGAAGUCCUUGGAUAAUGCAGAAACAGCAUUUCAAACUGAAGGAUGCAUCAACCACAACUUGGCUGGUUUGUGGACUAACUACUAUUCAGAAACUGCUCAGAUAUCUAGUGAUGCUGCUCUGGGGCUGAAGCAGAGCCUGUUGUCUGUAUUUCAUGAGAAGGCAACCACAUGCCAACCAACAUGCAUGGGUGCAUUCAUGGAGCAUAUGUGCAAUGUAUGGGAGUCUGUGAAAAAUCAGCAAUUUGCAGUUGAGUUUGGGGACACAUAUGUAGCCAAUGCACUCAUUGGUCUCUGCACUAAACUCAUAGAAGGUGAGGAGCAACUUGUGGACAUCAUGGAUUACUGGGUUCAAGGGCUGCAUACCAAGAUAAGUGAAUUGAAAGAGAAUGGAGACUAUCGUGAUACUUCAGAAGACAUUCUCAGAAUCUUAAGGGAAGAUGCAGAAAUGCAAAUAAACUCAGAGAGUGAAAAAAUUAAGUCAAGUCUCUGGGAUCACCUCAGACAGGAGGAUAUUGAUUUGUCCCUUAUAGAAACAUAUAAAACAAAUGUGCUAAAAAGAAUGCACUUCAUCCAACAACAAGUAACCCUUGGCAUGAAUCCAAAGAUUGAGUCUGCGAUAGUCAGAUAUGAAUUGUCUGCUAAGAUGCAAGCCUUGUUGGAAGCUCUGGAAGCAGCCUUAGAGGUCAAGUUAUGCUCUCUUUUGGAGGGCACCAAGUGUAAUUACAUUCCUAUUGAUGACAAACAACUUACAGAGGAAUUUACUAAAGUUUGGAAUGACAUGCUAUCCAACGUUGAGAUAAUGCCUCUUGAGACACAUGACAUCCAUACAUGUGUAGUUGAACAGCUGAAAGAAAACUUAAAUAGUCGUGGCCUAAAAAAGCAAAGGAUUAAACUCAAAAAUGGCAAACAUCUGAGGGGUUUUACAGUGAAGAAUGGGCAUUUUGCUUUGCGUAGCAAGAUGAAGCGAACCUUGAAGCAUAACAAGGAGGUUGCACAGAGGUUCACUAACAAUCUGAUAGAUGACUGUGAUAGAAGAGUCUCUGAGAAACUAAGACAUAAAGAGGGCUACUCUGACAGCUACAUGAGAGAGAUACUUGCAAUUGUAGACAAAGGCUUAGAGGUCCUGAAACUGGAGUCAUUCACAAUGAAACCGAAAUUUGAGGUGGAUCUUAAAGGUUACAUCUCCAGCAAAGCAAUAGAGUCAUUCCAACAAAUGCGGGAUCUACUCAAAAGAGAAAGCGAGAUGAAAGAGGAAUUCUUAAACGAGAUGAGAGAAAGACAAAUGUUGGAUUUCCUGUGUAAUUUCCACAAGAGGGAUCAAUGCCAGAAGGCUGUACACACCUUUAUUACUCUAUGCCUCAGACCUACAGCCUUAGAUUUUAUCCACAGCACCUUAGAGAGACAAAUUUUGGAUCACAUGUUGGCAUGUGACCACAAACAAGUAUAUACCUCACCCAAGAAUUUCCACUACCAUCUUCUCAAAGAUCUCUUGCUGGAGGAUAGCUUUGAAAAGUUUCUUGAGUACUUGCAGUCCAGUGAGAGAUUCUGUCACAAGAGAAUUGAGGACAUUAUUCUGGAACGUCUGUCAGGCUCAGUGAUGAUAGAAGAUCGGAGAGAGCAGCGUAUGCAGGAAAUUUGUCAGAGAAUGGAAAGAGCUAUUGUUCUGGCAUCUGAAGAAAGUGGCGGGGAUCAGAGCACUGCCAGACUGCUGCUGGAGAGAGUCUGCCUCAUCCUUGAAAAUCUUAGAAAUGUAACUGUACCUACUGAUGUCUUAGAGGAACCGCUGUUUGAAAUUAUCCCUCAACAUGAGUACUUCUUCAACCACCUAAAAGAAUCUGUGGCUGCGCUGUCAACAUCCCUUGCUCAGGAUUUCAAUGAAAAUGAGGAUGUUAUUGAAGUCUCACAAGACCUAUCUUCUAAGCUCCAGAACCUUCUUUUUGGCCAUAUAAAAGGAUGUGACAAGCAGUGUCCUUUCUGCAAAGCUCCGUGUGAUUUGGGAGGAACAGAACAUACCGUCCAUGAAGCCUUGAUGCAUCGACCUAAAGGUCUUGUGUGUUACACUGUUGCAGAUUCCAUUACUUUAUCCCAUGUAACUUGCUCUGCUGAUAUGGCAGGAGAGAACCAGUUCCAAAAUAGACACACUGGUGGACAGACCCUACCCUACAAAAACUAUCAGUUCAUCUACCCUGACUGGAACAUUCCCCCUGAGAGGCCUGAGAAAGAUGACACUGAAACAUAUUGGAAAUAUGUGCUCAAAAGAUACAACACAAGGUUUGCUCAAGUGUACCAAUGUGAGCCAGCUUUACUUCCUGAAGACUGGAAGAAAAUAACACAAGAGGAUGCAUUAAGAAAUCUAAAGGAAGCCUUUUACAUUACAGAGUGAGAAGUCCUCAUCUUUGCUGAGUGGUAGUGAGCCAAAUGACAUGUAUAUAUUGUAUGUGAACAUUAUGUCCUUUAUAAACUGAGUCAUUUAAGUCUGAAUCACCAAAGUCCUAUAUGUUUUAUUAUGCAUAGUCAUAUUUACUUGAGUGGAAUGAGUUAUCUGUUAUCUUUCUAUUAUAUUGUGGCAUUAAGGCCUUUCCAAUGAUUAAUGGCAGCAGAUAAUUACCAUUUUUGUGUCGCUUUUAACUACCCUCUAUGUGUUUCUGCCUCCCUUGAACUACCUUUCAAAGUGUGAAAAAGCUUUAAUAAAGAGUGUUCCUAGUUUUUAAAAAAA